AUGAGCUGGAACUUACUCGAACGUUUCAUCGAGUCGGAGCACUUCAACACAGACCCUUCCCUCACUGUCGCCUAUCUUGCUCGCUACGCCGAGCAUGUUGGUAUACACUAUGUCCUCUGCUCCAAGCUGCGAGGCUUCAGCUACGAGGAGAUCGAGUUCUUCCUACCGCAAUUAUGCCACCUCGCCAUAUCGAUCGACAAUGAAUCCAUGGCAUUGGAGGAGUUCCUCAUAGAUCUUUGCGAAGAGUCGGUCAAUGGCGCGCUAUUGACAUUCUGGCUCUUCCAGACAUAUCUCCACGAUCUAGCGAAUGCGCCGGCCUCCCACGCCUUUCGAUCUUGUCGCAGACUAUACAACAAGGUGCAGAGCAUCGUCUUCGGAGCUGGCGAGCCACCACGAAGAGCUAGGAUACAGGAGAAUGUACUUCCAGUGACAGUGCUUUCGAGCUUGGUGCUAGCCGGCAUCGGUCUGCCUCUGCUGCCACAGACAGCUGGACCACUCGCGAUCGCUCAAGCAAGGAGACCACGUCCUGUUGAAGAUGUCAUAUCAGAUGCGCUCCCCGCUGCGCAGAAGCUCAGUCGUAGUGCGACAGUCACGGUCAACACCAACACGUCAAGAAGGACGCGGCCUGGGUCUGGUGAUGGGAAAGAUCCGGCACGAAGGAAGUCUCGGAGACCUGUAGACAUCGCAACGGAUGGUCCCAGAGCGACGGCGUCACAACCGAAUACUCCUGGGUUGCCCACGCCGACAAUCCAAGGACGUAAAGUGUCUUCCCAUAGGAUGUCGUUGGCAGUCACAAGAGGCGGUGAAGGGUUUACCAGCACUUCAUCCUUACCCGACCAGCGACAAAGAAAAGUCAGCAACCCAGCGAUGAGCUUACCUGCCUCUCCAGGAGUGCCGAGGAGGAUAGCGGGCGACCUCUCACGACGACAUUCGCAAGCUCUUCGCGCUGUGGUGCCAGCAGCGAUGUCGAGGAGUCAGAAGAUCCGAGCAUUGCGACAGAACUACUUCCGGAAUGAGACCCAGUUCUUGGCUGCACUGGAAGGUAUAUCGAAUCGUCUUGUGGUGGUACCGAAAGCUGCCCGGUUGAGCGCACUUCGAGCAGAACUGGGCCUGAUAGCGCAAGAUCUGCCAGCUGAGGUCGACAUACCAUUAAUAUGCCCCGCAAAUUUGGUGGAUGGUGCAGCAAGCAAAAGUCGGCAUCAUCGCAUCGUCAGGCUCAAUCCAGCGGAAGCAACCAGCUUGAACAGCGCAGAGAAGGUACCUUAUCUACUUCUGCUUGAAGUCCUGCGAGAGGAUCUCGACUUUGACCCCGAGAGUCAACAGAACCAAGAAUUACUGAAUAAGUUCGCUGCCGAGAAAGGUAAGCAGAGGCGAAGACUCUUUGACACCACCGACGCAGCCAGAGAAGCAACGACAGAGUCACCACUGGACAGAAUCCAGCAAGCGGAUAGCGUGUUGGAGCCUACCAGUGGUGAUCUUUCGAGUGCGAAUCUUCUGCAGGAUCUGGACGACGUUACGAAGCAAGGGAGAAACAGUCCUCGAUCUCACACACAGUUAGGCUCCAGAGAUCCUCCAAGGCUGUCGAGCGGAGUCAGCACGAUAUCGACAGGACCUAGCCUACCGACACCACGCAGCUCAGAGUCAACACCAGGCCGACCCAGCAGCUCUCCAUAUCUCAAACCUCAGAAUCCGAACCAGGCAGAUGUAUCAGCACUGGCCGAUCACAUGCGCACAGCAUCGCAAAUGCUUGCCCAGCUUGAGCUUAGUGCUGCAAAGCGUCCCAAAGCUGAAGUUGCUGCGAUUCGAUCCAAGAUCAUCGCGAGUAUGCAGUCCCUUGAGGAGCAUAGCUUUCUUUCAGAAGAGACAGCACAUGCACCGAGCUUCGAAACGAUCAUGGCGAAGGCGGGCGCAUCGCCUACAGAGGCUGAAGAUCUUGCCGAAAGUCUGGAUGGCGCGACAGAUCCCAAGCUCAAUACUGGAAAAGGUGCCGAUCGAAUGGAGAACGAUGCCAUGACCGGUGGUAUACAAUGCAAAGGCGAUCGCGACGACCCAUCUGCAGCGACUCUUGGCGAAGCGUGGGAGCAGAAGAAAGAGCGCAUUAGACGAUCCUCACCGUAUGGCUGGGUCAGGAACUGGGAUCUGAUCUCAGUCAUCGUCAAGACCGGUGCCGAUCUGCGACAAGAAGCCUUCGCCUGUCAACUCAUUGGCGUCUGCUCAAAGAUCUUCGCCGAGCACGAUGUUGAUGUUUGGAUCAAGAACAUGCGCAUCCUCGUUACAGGCGAGACUUCCGGCCUCAUCGAAACCAUCACCAACGCCGUAUCGCUCCACUCCAUCAAGCGGUCCCUCACCCUGGCCUCGAUAGCCUCCGGCACGAACCCCAAGAAACGCAUCGCUACCCUACAGGACCACUACGCCAAAACUUUCGGAGCACCAGACUCUGCAUCUUAUGCGAAAGCAAUCGACUGCUUCAUCCGCAGCCUGGCAGCUUAUAGUAUAAUCUCCUACAUCCUUCAACUCAAAGAUCGCCACAACGGAAACAUCCUCAUCGACUCAGAGGGGCAUGUGGUACAUAUCGAUUUCGGCUUCAUGCUCUCCAAUUCUCCUGGCAACAUGGGCUUCGAGGCCGCGCCCUUCAAGCUCACUUUCGAGUAUGUGGAGCUCCUUGGUGGGCUUGAGGGCGAAGCUUUUGGACGCUUCAAGGAGCUGAUGAAGGAUGCAUUCCAAGCUUUACGACGGGAGGCGGAGCGGAUAGUCACUCUGGUUGAGUUGAUGGGAAAGGAGAGCAAGAUGCCCUGCUAUGGCGGUGGGUUAGUGAAUGUCGUCAGUGCAUUGCGGGCCAGGUUCGUGCUGGAGAAGAGUAAGGAAGCGGCAAGAGAAUGGGUGGAGGAUCUCGUGGCGAAGAGUGCGGGGAGUUAUUACACGAGGCUUUAUGAUACCUUCCAGUAUCGGACGCAGGGGAUCUAUUGA